CUCGCCAGCUGUCGCUGGACUAUCUGUAUUUCUGUACUCUUUCCCUCUUGCGAACUGUUGUAAUCAUAAUGCCUGCUGCACGCGAAUCUGGAAGAUGCUUUACUUGCCGCAUAGAAAUGCCUGGAAAUCAGAUUAAGCGUUGCGGUCGAUGCAAGGGUCCUCAAUACUGUAGCGAACAAUGCCAAUUGGCCGAUUGGCCUUCUCACAAAGGAUCUUGCCAACGCCAGACGGUCUGGUACGACAAGUACCGCGCUUGUGAAGACGGAUCCAUCCAUGAAGGCAGACUGGAGCUUAUCACCUGGCCGUCUCCGACUGAAGGCACCGGCUGGGGCGCCUGCCUUCUCGAAGAGGCGGACGAUCUGAAAAGAAAAUUCGAGACGCAGUUUAAUGGUGAUCAGAAUAAGUUCUUUAAGUACUGGCCACAAGGUUUUAGGUGGACCUGCUGUGGUACGGAUGGGGGCAUGACAUGGGGAUGCGAUCAUCAUGGGACGGGAAAGAAGCCCUGUACUUGCGAUUAUUGCAGGGCGGGUACCCCACUCCCAGAUGAUAUUUAUAGGGAGAGGUCUGCCACCCGUUAUGGACUGAGACUCGAACGUGGACCCGACCCUAGGUCGUAAGAUCCUAUUACCGCGAGAAUAAGUACAAGUAUGCGAAGGCCGCUUGGUAGGAUUUUUUGAAGGGCGAUUUCAGAUUCGGAGGCCUUACCCUUAUAUCGGGUUUAGUAGUACAGAAGUCUUUUGCUUCACAUUGACCCCUAUUUCAGCAUAUGGGGUCGGCGUAACUCUUGUACAUUAUCCCAACAGAUUGCAUGGCCUGAAGAAAACGGUAAAUGG